AUGGAUAAGCGCAAAGGAAAGAAGAAUUAGGUUAAUGCAUCCUAAGUUCAAGAAAGCAAGCCAGAGAGCAAUGCAAAUGCAAGUGAUGAAGUCCUUGCUGAGCCAUAGGAAAAACAAAAUGAAGCUCAAUCUCAAGAAAACACAAGUAAUGUGUUCGUCUCCCUAAAGUUGUAUGCACCUGUGUUCAAAAUCGUUAUUCUCGCAUUGAUUUCGAUCUUGGCCUUCGCAGUCAGAAUUUUCUCUGUGAUCAGAUUCGAGUCAGUUAUUCACGAGUUCGAUCCUUGGUUCAAUUUCAGAACUACCAAGUAUCUUACCCAAGAAGGUCUCUAUCAAUUCUGGAAUUGGUUCGAUAGUGAAUCUUGGUAUCCUCUUGGUAGAGUUAUCGGUGGAACUAUUUUCCCAGGUAUUAUGGUCACCUCAGCUAGUAUCAAAUGGUUUGCUGAUUUCCUCUCAUUCCCAGUUGAUAUCAGAAACGUUUGUGUCUUUUUAGCUCCAGUUUUCGCUGGAUUGACUUCAAUCUCAACCUAUUUCUUCACUAAGGAAUGCACAAACAGACCAGAGGCUGGACUUUUCUCAGCUCUAUUUAUAUCAAUUGUUCCCUCUUACAUUUCAAGAAGUGUUGCCGGUUCAUAUGAUAACGAGGGAGUAGCCAUCUGGGCUCUUAUCACUACCUUCUGGUUGUGGGUUAAAGCUGUUAACACUGGUUCAAUCUUUUGGAGUGUCAUGUGUACCCUCUCAUAUUUCUACAUGGUUGCAGCUUGGGGUGGAUAUUCAUUCAUCAUUAACAUUAUCCCAAUCUUUGUGCUCGGAACUAUCUUUAUUAACAAAUUCAGUAUGAAGAUCUAUGUUGCCUACAGUGUAUUCUACGUUGUUGGUACAGUUAUGGCCAUGCUUAUUCCAUUUGUUGGUUUCAACGCCAUCAAGUCAAGUGAGCAUUUGGCUUCUCAUUUGGUUUACGCAAUCAUGAACAUCUACGUCAUUAUUGAUUACAUCAGAAGAAACCUCGCACAAGAGCAAUUCGCUAUCCUCACUAGAUUGGCUUUCGGUAUUGCCACAGCUGCUUUUGGAAUGAUCUUUGUCUUGAUUACUGUUUCAGGAGCUACUAGAUGGAGUGGAAGAUCUUUGACUCUCUUAGAUCCAACUUAUGCCAAGAAAUACAUUCCAAUUAUUGCUUCAGUCUCUGAGCAUUAACCAACUUCAUGGUCAUCUUAUUUCUUUGAUCUUCAAUACUUGAUGAUCUUCAUCCCAGUUGGUUUCUAUUACUGCCUUAACCACAAGGUUACCUACGGUAAGCUCUUCGUUGGUAUCUAUGGAGUUCUUUCAACUUACUUCUCAUGUGUUAUGAUCCGUCUUAUGUUGGUCAUUGCCCCAGCAGCUUGCGUUCUUGCUGCCAUCGGUCUUUCAGAGAUUCUCAGAAAGAUGUCAAAGUCAAUUAGAGCUGCUCUAACUGAAACCAAAUCACUCUCUGAAUAGUUCAACGAACUUGAAGAUGAAGAUGUCUCCCAAAAGAAACCCUCUUAAAAGGGUCAAGACUAGAAGAAAGGGCCUGCUAAAAAGAAGAGAGUACCUUUUGAAGUUGCUGCUGUUGUUAUGGCCUUCUUUGUCUACUUCUUAUCUAGCUAUGUUUAUCACUCAACUUACAUGGCUGCUGAGGCUUACUCGUCCCCAUCUAUCAUUCUCGCGAGCAGAAGAAAUGAUGGCUCAAGAGUCAUUAUUGAUGAUUUCAGAGAAGCCUAUUACUGGCUUAAGAUGAACACUGCCAAGGAUGCCAAGAUUCUCUCAUGGUGGGAUUACGGAUAUCAAAUCACUGGAAUGGGUAAUAGAACUGUAUUGGUUGAUAACAACACUUGGAACAACACUCACAUCGCUACUGUUGGAAGAACUAUGGGCUCUGAAGAAGAAGAGGCUUAUAAGCUUGCCAGAUACCUUGAUGCUAACUAUGUUUUGGUUAUCUUCGGAGGUGUUUCCUAUUACAGUGGAGAUGAUAUUUCAAAGUUCCUUUGGAUGAUUAGAAUCGGAGCUGGAGUAUUCCCUCAGAUCAAGGAAAAUAACUAUUACAGCAAUGGUGUUUACAGAAUUGAUGCUGAGGCUUCACCAACCAUGAAGAACUGCCUUAUGUACAAACUCUGUUACUACAGAUUUGAUGAGGUAACAACUCAACAAGGCAAACCAACUGGCUAUGAUACAGUUAGAAACGCUGAAAUCGGUCAUAAAGGAUUCAAACUUAAGCAUUUCAGAGAGGCCUAUACUAGCGAGAGAUGGAUCGUCAGAAUUUAUGAAGUCAUGCCCCUUGCUAAUAUGGACCCCAAGAUGGGACCAAGACACACCAUUCUUUCUUCUCAAUCAUCAAUCAAAAAGACCAAGAGCAAGGCAACUAUUGGAGUGGAAUUUGCAGCAAAAACCUUUAACUUAGAAAAUGGUCAGACAGUGAAGGCCUAAAUUUGGGACACUGCAGGUUAAGAAAGAUAUAGAGCAAUAACCAAUACUUACUACCGUGGUGCAGUUGGAGCCUUGCUAGUUUAUGACAUCACAAAAAGCAAGACAUUUGAAAGUGUGGAGCGAUGGUUGCAAGAACUUCACUAAUAUGCUGAUGCAGGAAUUGUAGUGAUGUUGGUUGGGAACAAAACAGAUCUUCAUAAAUUGAGAGAAGUAAAAAAAGAAGAAGCUGCAGAAUUCGCGGCACAAAAGUAACUUGCUUUCAUUGAAACAAGUGCUUUAGUAUCAUCUAAUGUUGAUUUGGCUUUUGACUCCAUUAUAUAAUAAAUUCAUUAAGUAGCUAGCAAUAGAGUGAUUGUAUAAGAAUAGGAUGAACAGAAGAAAUCUAGAAAUUAAUAAAAAGACAUUGGCAAAGGCAAAGGGAUACAACUUCAAGACAAUGUUGAGAAUGAUUAAAAUUAAAAAGAGGGGGUAACAAAAGGUAAAAAGAAGGCAUAGUGUUGCUGA